AUGUCAUCGACGUGUACGCUGUUGCUGUUGGUUGCUGCCUGGUUCACUUGUAGCAUGGCAGCACCAAAAGCAGGUGGAUUGGAGCUUAUCAUACUACACAACAAUGAUAUGCACGCCCGCUUUGAGCAAACCGGUGCCUAUAGCAACGAAUGCCAACCAUCCGAUGUAUCCAGCAACCGGUGUUAUGGAGGAUUUGCCCGAGUCGCUCAUAAAGUUCGCGAAUACCGAGCGACCGAAGCUGCGGGCGGACUUCCGGUCUUGUAUCUCAAUGCGGGCGAUACCUAUACCGGAACGCCGUGGUUUGCGAUAUACAAGGACAACAUAACCGCUGCCUUUCUUAACAUACUGAAACCAGAUGCCAUUUCUCUCGGCAACCAUGAGUUCGACUUGGGUGUCGAAGGAUUGGUUCCCUUCCUGAAUGAAGUCGACUUUCCGGUGCUGGUGGCGAACCUAGAUCUGUCCAAGACGCCUACAAUGCAGAGCACCAAGUCCCUGCAGCGAUCGGUCGUGUUUACCAAGGCGGGAGUGCGCAUAGGCGUGAUUGGCUAUCUCACGCCGGAAACGAAGCAACUCACGCCGGUGAACACAGUUGAAUUUGAAGACGAAAUCACCGCCAUCAACAAGGAGGCAACCACCCUAAAGGAGCAAGGUGUACAGAUUCUCAUCGCCCUUGGGCACAGCGGGUUGGAGCGUGACAAACAGAUAGCAGCCGCAUGUCCCGACGUGGACUUAGUGAUCGGAGGCCAUUCGCACACGUUCCUGUACAGCGGCACGGCGCCGGAUGUGGAACAACCGGCCGGACCGUAUCCUGUGAUGGUACAGAACACUGUCGGGAAGAACGUGCCAGUGGUGCAGGCUUACGCAUAUACCAAGUACCUUGGCUAUCUGCACCUUAUGUUUGACGCGGACGGAAAUUUGAUCGAGUUCGACGGAAGCCCGAUACUGCUAAACGGUACCGUCCAGCGGGACUCAGACGUUCUGGAGUUGCUGGAGAUUUACCGACCCGGUAUCCUGGCGCUGGACGCCCAGAUUGGACGCACGAAUGUGUUUCUUGACGCGAGCCGCUGCCGGUUCGAGGAAUGUAACAUCGGCAACAUGAUAGCAGACUCGCUCGUGGUGACGUACGCGAUAACGCGCGAACAGGCCAACGAUGGCUUUUGGACGGACGCAGCGAUCGGGUUCAUACAGGGUGGUGGCAUCCGGGCUUCCAUCAGUGCGGGACCGAUCACAAAGAAGGAUCUGAAGACAGUGCUGCCAUUCGGCAACGCGAUGGUGCUGGUGGAGAUCACCGGUACCCAGCUGCGUCAGAUGCUCGAGCAAAGUGUCCACCGGUACGACGGCGUGUCCGGAUACGGAGAAUUCCUGCAGAUGGCGGGCGUCCACGUGGAGUACGAUCUCUCGCGUCCUCCGCUGGAGCGAGUUGUUGCAGUCGAGGUACGGUGCGCUCAGUGUCAAGUACCGACGUACGAAGCUCUGCAGGCCGAUGAACACUAUCGCGUGAUCUUAAGCCAGUUCCUGUAUGAGGGUGGCGAUGGAUACGAUAUGCUGCCUGGUUCCCCGAUGCAAUUGCUCACAUUCGGCGAGUAUGAGAUUACCGAGGAAUAUCUUGUGCGUUACUCGCCUAUUUAUCCGGCGAUCGAGUGGCGAAUUCGACUGGAAGGCCAACCCAUUAUCCCGACGACCGAAGGACCAGUUGGACCUACCACCACUACGAUAGCUAGCACAACCGAAGAUGAUAACGGGGCUGGACGAAGAUUAGAUGGUUUGACACUUGUCACAGUCGGAAUGACGCUCGUGGCUACGCUGACCGCACGUCACGUGUUGUAAAUAGUACCCUCAUAUCUUGCAACAAGCAAUGUGUACCUUGUGUUUCCAUCAGGUACAUUGUGUACCGUGUUAUUAACGGGGUUUUUUUUUGUGGAAAAUCCCAAGAAAAAGCAACAGAAAACAAGAGUUGAAAGAUCAACACUUAAACAACUUAGCCGUUGCUUAGCAAUUGCGAUCAGUCGAUCUCGAACUUCAUGCAGCGCAAAUAAAUAACAAACAACAAUGAUAGUUUACGAAAACCGCACUGUUCCGGGAAGUGUUUUCAGUUGUGUUCUGUUAUUUAAGACAAAACUAAGCAGUCUACAAUACAUUGAUUAG